CGUCAAUGUGAGUAUACGCAACAUUAAACGUGCUACUUAGUGGAGAGCACACACUAUCUGUGUUUAAAUACAAAACGUGUCUUUGUAUGAUAUAAACCGCGUAAUUUAUGCGUUAGGUUACUCUGUCACUGGUUUGAAUGACAGCGAGCUGUGACACGGAUUAAGUUGGAUGAUGAAUAACAAAUCAGGUGCACGGAAAGUUCGGAAUGUUGAUAUCAACCCAUGCAUCGAGGAGAGCGACGGUUCCCAAAAAUGUUUGGAUGCAUAUAACUAUGAUAAGAGCAUGUGCUCUGCAUACUUCUUGAGGUAUAAAAACUGCAGGAAGUACUGGCAUGGUGUGAUGCUGCAGCGUCGGCGUGACGGAGUGAAGCCGGACAUGCCGACUGCUGAGGAGCGACAGGAGAUCAUGGCGGCUCUCGGAGGGAAGCCGUACUGACUGCACAGCAGCAUUCAGAGCUCAUGUGCUGAUUCGGUAUAACAGAGAUCUCUCACAGAGGCACAUUAUGGCUUGAAGGAUUAAUUGAAAUGCAGUCCAGUACUGUGUGGGGGAAGAGGACAUUUAGUGAAUAUAUUUGUAACAACUAAUGCUGUGCAAUGCAGAAGGACUAAUGGAAAUAUGUGUGGAAAUAUGUGUGUCUGGCAGUCCUGUUAUAGCAAUAGUGUUUAAUAUGUUCGCUCACGUUUAAAGUGUCUGUAAAUAUCGCAGUUGCCUAUAAAACAAAAACAAAGUCACUUGAACAAACAUUAAAUGUUGAUGAAAAGUAAAUGCUCACUGAAAAUAAUCGUGCAUGAAUAGGAAAACAAGCUCACUGAAAUGCUGAAAGGGAGGAAGAAAUGCUUUCUAUGUCUCUUGUUGACGGCAGAAGCCGUGUCAUCACUUUGUAGAAGCUGCAGCCUCCAAACACUUGCAUGGGGUCCUGUUGCUGUUCAUUGUCAUAUUAAUGCAUUUUAAGGCUGAUUUUAAGAACAUUUUUGUUCACUUUUGUGUGAUAAAGUAUUUGGUACUGUGUUUGGCCAGCACUUGAUGUGCAACGCUUAAAAACAUUUGUUAGAUUUAUGGAUUUCAAAUUUCAUAACAAUUCCACCAAAUUAAUUUGAGGAAUCUUUAAGAAAUACAUUUGUAAAUAAAAUAAUAAAAAAAAAAAAACUUAAUAUAUUAAGUUUUAAAAAUGUAAUUUAGUUAAAAAUUAACUCAAUUUGAUGGAACUUUAUUAAUGAAAUUGAAAUGCUAAAUCUUUA